GAAUGCCAAUUUCGUUAAUUGUGUUUUUUUCCCAUGAACAACAAAAUCCAUUGUAUAAAUCAAUUGGAAAGCAUGGCGAUUAUUAGAGAGGAACCUUUAAACUGGACCGUAGAUAUGGAAGUAAAUUUAUUCCAUGCAAUGAGAGGUCACAAACCUGUCGGUGUGAACAAGAAUUUUCACAUGUUGUGUAUUCAUGAAAAGCUGACUCAAAUGACGGGGAAAAAGUUAACAUCUCAGCAAAUAUGGAAACAUCUGUCUACAAUGUAUGAUCUUGCUGCUCUGCAUGAAUCAGAGAUUGUACCAUUUCCAAAUAAGGAGAAAGAUUUUGAUUUGCCGCAAGCCGAUUUUGGUAACUUAAUGAGAGCCAAAGAUGACCCCAAAUUUUUUGCCCGAAUUUCAAGUGACGAAGGUAGUGGGAAAUCACCCUCACGGCCUCCUUCUGCAAUCCCUCCAGGAUUGGGCGGUGAAAAAGAAACACCAAAGAGAGGAAAACGAACAAGAAACACCACAGCAAGUCCAAGUGAUUCGGGAGUGAAACGUCGAAGAUGAUACUUAUUUGAGUCAAAAACAAGCAUUGAUAUAUCACAAUUGCUAACGUAAACUUAAAGCAGUAUUCUUAAUAAUGAUCAGUGUAGGUCAUUAGCAUUUGUAAAUUAUUAAGAGGUAGGGGCAGUGAGAUAGAGGUAGGGUUGUUUAAAGGUGUGUGUGUGUGUCUGUGUCAUGUAGGGGUGGGCAAUUAAAAAUACAGGUUGAUGAGGAUGGGGGAAAAACUUGUUUUGUGCUAUAUGGGUGGAUUGGGAUAUACAGUAGGGGAUUUGUGUUAAGUAUAAGAAUUAUGCACAGUUUAGUUCAGCAUCUAGAGGCCCUGAAAACAUUCUGAGAGCUGCCUGUAGGUGAGAUUUUGUUGUAUGGUGUCAAUAAUAAUAUACAAAUAGAGUGAUAAGAUGAGUUGUAAUAAAUAGUGGGAGGUGUGUUUGAAAGGAUUGUAAAGUGCUAAAUGCAUAGCAUUUACAUAUGUGAGUAGCAGAUUCAGAGAAGGAGCAUAGGGAAACUUCCUCUGUCCCACACAGAGUUUACUGCCAAAAAAAAAUAAUUCUUCCCCCUGUGCUCUAAAUCCUUGAUCCAGCUCUCUUAAUAUAGCAUAAAGGUGAAGUCACACAAUUAUUAUUGAUCAAGUCUUUAAUAAAGUACAUUUAAUUGUAUUAUUAUAGUAAGAAGCAGUUAAAUAUGGAAUUACAACUAAACAUUAAUUAACCGACAAUUGCUUUAUGUCGUUUUAAUUCAUUUAUCAUGGUAAACUGAUUAAACAAAUAAACUUUUAAAAAGAAGCAUGGUUAGUAUAUGAAUUUAGUUAUAAGAUCACUACAUGUAGAUCAGUGCUGUUUUCUACUACAGUAAUACAUUGAAUCUACUGAUUAAAAAAUGGUCACUGUUGAAAUGCAUACUAGAGCUUUCAAGGUAUAUAAAUAAGGUACACAUUAAAAUGUUGACUCAAAUGUUAAUUCAAAUCUUAUGGUAAGGUAGCAGCAAAUUUUCUUUGACAAAUGCUGUGUUGCUUCGGGGAAAAAAAAAAGAUGCUUAAGGUAAGAUUGACAAUGUGUAUGCAACCAUCAUGAUGGAAUACUGAACCAGCCAAUCUUGGCUUGGAGAUGCCCUUAUGUAACUGGUGGUCAUUAAUAAUGUGUACAGAUACAAGCCUCUGCAUCCGAGUCUUGUCUAGUUGGCACUAAAGUAUGCUUAUGUCAAUUAAUGCUUUAGCUGUGAAUCUAAAGGACUGAAGCUAGUGUAUUGGAGUUUAUUUUUCUUAUAUUUUUUUAUCUUUUGUUUGGCUUGCUAAACGCCAUACCUUGAUUGUACAAUAAGUCACUGUAUUCUAUCAAUGUAGUACAGCGACACGAUAGAUGUCAGUUUAUUCCUUUGGUAUUUAAAAAUAAAAUACAUUCCUUACUGUAGCUGAAGACAU